GCGAGAUCUUGUGAUUCUAAUUCUUGUGAUACCGAAAACAUUGGUGGCGAGAGAGAGAUGGUGAAGGAGACGGUGACGGUGGCGAAAACGUGCUCACACUGUGGCCAUAAUGGCCAUAACGCACGGACUUGUCUCAACGGCGUUAAUAAGGCAAGUGUUAAACUGUUCGGCGUUAAUAUAUCGUCUGAUCCGAUUAGGCCGCCUGAGGUAACGGCGUUAAGGAAGAGUCUUAGUUUGGGAAACCUUGAUGCUCUUCUCGCUAACGAUGAAAGUAACGGUAGCGGUGAUCCUAUCGCCGCCGUUGAUGAUACCGGUUAUCAUUCCGAUGGUCAGAUUCAUUCCAAGAAGGGUAAAACUGCUCAUGAGAAGAAAAAGGGGAAGCCAUGGACGGAAGAAGAACAUCGUAAUUUCUUAAUCGGUUUAAACAAACUCGGAAAAGGAGAUUGGAGAGGCAUUGCAAAGAGUUUCGUGUCGACAAGAACACCAACACAAGUCGCAAGUCAUGCUCAGAAAUAUUUUAUUAGGUUAAACGUUAACGACAAGAGAAAAAGACGUGCUAGUCUCUUUGACAUCUCUCUCGAAGAUCAGAAGGAGAAAGAGAGGAACUCUCAAGAUGCUUCAACAAAGACUCCACCUAAACAACCAAUAACCGGAAUUCAACAACCGGUAGUACAAGGUCAUACUCAAACCGAGAUUUCGAACAGGUUUCAGAAUUUAUCAAUGGAGUAUAUGCCAAUCUACCAACCCAUACCACCUUACUACAACUUUCCACCUAUUAUGUACCAUCCAAAUUAUCCAAUGUACUAUGCCAACCCUCAAGUACCGGUUAGGUUUGUUCAUCCUUCUGGUAUACCUGUUCCAAGACAUAUACCGAUUGGUUUGCCUCUGUCUCAACCGAGUGAAGCUUCUAAUAUGACAAAUAAAGACGGUUUGGAUCUUCAUAUCGGUUUGCCUCCACAAGCUACUGGAGCUUCUGACUUGACUGGUCAUGGCGUUAUUCAUGUGAAAUGA